CCAUGGAGACUAGAGUACAGGAGUCCAAUCUCUAAGACGGAGAGGCAGAAAAGGCGUACGCGAAACUCCGAGAUUUAAUAGUGCAUGGUUUUAUCAACAACGUCGCUCCGGACGUUCUGAUCCUAUAACUAUCGGUCCAGAGUGACGACAGCGCCGCUGUAGCGGAACCCUUAUUUCUCAUGAUUUCGCGGACACAUCUUCAAUACAGAGAUUGAACUCCUGUACUCUAGUCUCCGUGGCGCAGUCAGUCUGAAAGCGAAGCCCGAAUGAAGCGAUUAAAGAAUAGUAAGAUGCAUACAUUCCACCACAGUGAAGAUCGUGAAUGGUGAAAUCGUGAAGUGUGAUUAUUAUAACACGGGGAUAAAUUAUUAAUAGAGUUUUCACAGCAACAGUGUCAUAAUAAACUAAGUACAAUAUAACAACAACACCAAUAAUAAUAACAAUAAACCAAGUUGCGUAAUCAGCAACAGUGAAGAGCUGCUGUUGCAAAACGUCCGAGAGGUGAUGAUGCAGUCAAACUACUGCUCCAGAAGUUAGAGAAUUUUACAGAUAUUAUUAUCGGCAUCCUGCCUCCUACGCUGCAGCCAGUCACACCCCUAACGCUAAGAUGACAUAGGAUGGGUUGGGCGGCGCUCGGGCGGCGUGCAGGUGGUGGCAGCCGCCCCCCUGUCUCCCCCCUCCUGUCGCUGUCUAUCGCCUCCCUCGUUGGCUCCUUCACCCUAGCCAUUAUCUGCAUCCUCACCCUCACCCUCACCUUGGCGACCCUGGCUCACGCCGAUGACAUCUUCGAGGAGGGGAAAUCGGACAAGGAAAUCCUGGACAACCUGCUGCUGUCGACCAGAUACGACAAGCGGCUUCUGCCUCCGGUUCAAGGUACUCUGCGGCCCCCGCCCCACACCCGCCAAGAUGACUACACCCCCGACCUCGAACCCCAUGACCCAGACCACCCCGAGCACCUCCACCACCACAGGCACAACCAUCAUCAUCACCAUCAUCAAACAUCACCACACAAUCACAGCACACAACAAACUCCCCGACGAAAGGGCACUCUGACCGUGAAUGUAAGCGUGCUGCUAUUGAGUCUGGCUUCGCCGGACGAAUCAAGCUUGAAAUAUGAGGUAGAGUUCCUCCUGCAGCAGCAGUGGUACGACCCGCGUCUGCGUUACAGCAAUCGUUCGAGCUACGAAUUCCUGAAUGCAAUUCACCACCACAACGAUAUCUGGCUACCGGAUACCUACUUCAUCAUGCAUGGAGACUUUAAGGAUCCCCUAAUACCGGUGCACUUCGCCCUGAGGAUAUACAGGAACGGGACUGUGAACUACCUGAUGAGGCGUCACCUCAUACUUUCGUGCCAGGGUAGGCUCAACAUAUUUCCCUUCGACGAUCCAAUGUGUUCAUUCGCCAUCGAAAGCAUUUCGUACGAGCAAACGGCGAUAACCUACGUUUGGAAGAACGACGAAGGAACUCUUCGCACCAGCCCGAGUCUGACCACCCUGAACGCAUAUCUCAUUCAGAACCGAACCAUACCCUGCCCCAUCAAAGCCAGCUGGAGGGCUGACGGACAGCUGAUACCUGACUACGAGGAUGAUGAUGAAUUCGAUGAAUUUGGGGACUCAAAGUGUUCGCUGUGCCAGCGCAGGUUUGAGGAACAAGGUAAUUACAGUUGCUUGAAAGUUGAUCUCAUUUUCACGAGAGAUCGAGCAUUCUACUUCACCACCGUCUUUAUACCCGGAAUCAUCCUGGUCACGAGCUCUUUCAUCACGUUCUGGCUCGAGUGGAACGCGGUGCCAGCGCGGGUCAUGAUUGGGGUGACUACGAUGCUCAAUUUUUUCACAACCUCAAAUGGCUUCCGCUCGACGCUUCCGGUCGUGUCAAAUUUGACUGCGAUGAACGUAUGGGAUGGUGUCUGCAUGUGCUUCAUUUACGCCAGCCUCCUCGAAUUCGUAUGCGUGAAUUACGUGGGCAGGAAACGGCCUCUUCACAAUGUCGUCUAUCGCCCAGGCGAGAAUCCCGUCACCCAGCGGCUCCCGGCGGUGCUCAGCAGGAUAGGCAUAAUAUUGGCCAGCCCCCUGGGCGACAAGAAACGGGAGGGUGGCGGUGCAACGGUACCAGGUGGUGGUGGAGGGGCGCCGAAUGAAAUCGUCACCUGCACAAAUUGCGGACCAAAUCCAUGCACGCACACAGCUACGAACGGAUGUGCAGCCGAGUGCUGCUUUGUGCAGGUGAGAAAAAAGGAGCCGCCGCAUCCGAUAAGAGUGGCAAAAACGAUCGACGUCAUAGCGAGGAUCACGUUUCCGACAGCCUACGCCGUGUUCCUAAUAUUCUUCUUCAUCCACUACAAGGGAUUCUCCUAGACUCUGGUUAAUCUACGGUUGAAAAUACAACGACGAAAUUUCAAACCCUGAACGAGUUACGCGAAUUAUGCACGGAACGUACCGAUUUGUGGCCGGCACGCUUUGCGAAGAUUAAUUAUCGACGAGUCGAUAAUUGCUGCCAAUAUCACGUUUUACCGAAGAAAAACGAAGAAGAUUAAAACAACAUACCGCGCGAAUUAAAAUCAACUCGUUCCUGAUGCGUUACUUAUACACAUACACACGUGACAUUAUUAUAAUAGCAAUAAGAAUUAUACAGUGCGUACGCAUACCUAGUAUAAACUAUACCUAUACAUAUAUAUAUAUAUAAUAAUAAUGAUAAUGAACAGUUCGUAUAUGAUUGAAAUGCGAAAAAAUAUACAGACGUAACUAGAAGAAGGAAAGACCGAAAUUAAAUGUGAAUGAAUCGAAAUCAUUGUGCAAUAAAUGCUUGAUUUAAAGAAAAAACACCAAAAACAAAAGGAACAUCGGGCAAAAUGUAUUUCAUGGACCAUUAUAAUUUACGGUAUCGUAAUAAGAGCGACACUUUACAAUUACACUUUACACUCACAGUAUAAUAUAAUGUCAUGUGUAUAUUAUACAAUUGCAUAUGCACAGAUAUAAUGCGUAAGUUGCGGUAGUUAUCGAUAGUAUAAAAAUAAACUUAAGAGGAGGAAGUUUGAUAAUCUUGCGUCGAAUUAUUCGAUUAUUAUAGGUGACAUACUAAGUCACACGCAUAAAUAUAUGACGAAUAAUCCCACGCAGCGUUAAGAAUUAUGAAAAUGUAACGAGAAUUUCGCUGAAAUUAUUUUCAAAAUACUUUGAUCUGAAUACUUUCAAAAUCCGAUAUUUAUGAACAACUCGGUGACAAAUUCUUCUUUUCUGAAGAAGAAUUUCAUUUGACGGAUAAUGUAUAAUAACUUGUAACAAAGGAAGCAUAAUCGCAUGAUUUUAUAGUAGCGAGCUUUGAAAAAUAUUACGCGACUUAGAUUUCAACGGAUUGUUGAUGAUUGCAUCAUAUUUUACACGUGGAUUACACUCGAUGAUCGGCAAUACAAAUUGUACUAUUUAAUAUGAUAAAUGAUACGGAACCGCAAUUGAUAUUAUAUAAUUGUUGUAAUAUUACCCAUAUAAAUAUCGGUGAAAAUUAAUUACACGUUAUAAUAGCCUUAACUGUUGCGGCAAAAAGUGCUUGAUCAAUUAUUCGAUUUUAGUAGUCUAUAACAACUAGUCGACUGUCGGAACUACGAAAAGUAAAAAUUGGAGAGUAGAAAAAUAACGGAAAUAGUCAAAUUUGUACAAUGUAUGCAUUUUUCGCAAACACUGUACGUGUAUAAUGUGAAAAUAGUAAAACGUAACCUAAAACUUCCCGUACGCGUUUAUACGGUUCGAAUAUUUUCAUUUACAAUCGCGGCGACAAAACGUCAUAAUAAUUGGUACAAUAUAAUGCAUCUCGAUACGGUUCACAACAAAUGCGGGCGAAAUUUAAAAACUUUCACCAGAUUCUAAACUUGUACAUACUAAUAUUUAUAAUAUUUUAUCGAAAAGAAUAAAGUUUUUGAUAAUUCAUAAUUAUCGAUACAAUAAAUAAUGAAGGUUAAACCUGUACUCUGAGUCUUGUAAUGUACGGGGAUAUUGAGGGACGGGUGAUGGUCAAGCUGUCGAUCAAGUAAUAUUGGCACGACACGACGCAACACGAUUGAUUUUGCGCACUCCUUGCAGCCUUAUAAAUAAAUGUUAAUAAGGGUGAGAAACAAAAGAAAAAAAAAAAAAAAACCAUAGCAAAUACUCGACGAAAAGAACCAGAAACUGAAAGGAGAGAUUUCAAAAAUUAAAUUGAAAUUCGUCAUCACAUUUGCUAAAAUUAAUUUUAAUAAUAAUGUUAAUAAUGAUGAUAACAAUUUACUAUAUAAAUAUCAUAAAUCAAUUAAUCACAAAAUACGUGCAUAUAAAUAAGGAUACAAUGAAAGUAAAGAAAGAAAAUACCAAAGAAACAAUUAUUAUGUGGUGCUUUUUAAACGCUACGCUUUACAUCCAAAAUAUAUAAAUAGUAAAUGAAUGAUAAAUAAGCUUGAGUAUUAUAUAAUAUGGUAAAAAAAAAUAACUAACGAACUAUUAUAAUAUAAAAGAAAAAUUAUGAAAUUUUAUUUCUGUAGCUUGAGUUAUUACCGAUUAUGGUUAUUGUCACUAUCAUUAUCACUUUCGAACUUAUCACGAUCGUCAUUACUGAAAGCCAUACGUACUGUUUGUACCCAAUAUGUUACAGCAAUAUAUAUUAAUACACAGACCAAUCAAUCCGCGUAUAAAAACAAUGUUUGCAUUGAAUAGCUUAAUGAUAAUUGAUAUAGUAUUAGAGAUUUUAGUACGUAGGGUGAACGAAGAAGGAUGGUAGAAAAGUAAGAAAGAAAGAAAGAAAAAAAAAAAAACACGUAUAAGUCUCUAAUUGUAAGUUACAAUUUUACAUUUCAAGAUUAUAUUGUAUAAUAUCCGUAUAUACAUAUGAAUACCUUGCACGAAAUUGACUGCCAAAAACCACGUUCGAAAACAAUAGAAACAUACAAUACGACACAAACGGGAAACAAGAAACAGAAAAAAUUCGGUUUGAGCACAGAUCCAUUUUUCACUUGAUUAUAAUCGCGUAGAAAGUACGUAUUCCUUUUAGAAAUUUUUCAAUAUGUACGUAAUUAGCGCGUUUGAAAUCUGACGCUAAUGUGUAAGAUAGUAGAUAUUCACGGUAUCAAAACUGCUAUAUAUUUACGUAGAGAAAUAAUGUCGAACUUAAGAAAUAUCGAAUUACAAUUGCACAUAUACUUAUAUAUGGGGCAUUAUUUUUCACGUGUUUUGAUGUUUUGGCAAUUUUUCAUGUCAUGUUGCUUGAUAACGUCCAAGUUCGUGAGUUUUUCAGAUUUUUGUCACUGACGUUGAUUGCAAAAAUGAACCAAUGUUUUCCCGAAUCAGGCGAUAGGGUAUAAGAACCGUUUGUGGCCACCAUUGAAUGUUUUACUUUUUUCUUUUAUUAUAAAUCCAUUCAAUUAUCGGGUAUUAAUUCAUUGCGAAAAAAUCCCCUGCAUGUAAUAUCAAACAAAACUCUUCGAUAAUCAAUUCUGUUAACAAAUCAAUAUUAACAGUGAUCAGUGCUGAUUCAACAGUUUUAUGCUAUUUGUGAUCACGUCCUCAUUUACGUGCAAUUGGUAUGCCCAAUAGCCAAAAACGGUGUAUAUUGAUUUCAUGUAAAUUUCGGUGAAUUUUUCUCGAAAACUCAAGUUCGUUUCAAAUUUUCUAGCAAUUUAUUAGCAAUUGCAAGCUGAAAAUUUACAUUGCACACUCCGUAUAAAUGUCUGUGUGAAAUACGUUUUUCUAGCAUAUGAUAUAUCACUUCUUUGUUUCAUUAUUAUUUGAUAAACUCAUUACUUACGUUUUCGAAAUAUAAAAAUCAAUUAGAAUUAUAUCAUAAUACCUGUGCACUUAGCUUUCAAUAUACCGCACCUUAAAUAAAUGCUGAAAAAAUUUAGAAACUUCUUGAUCUAUAGAAAAUACGAAUGUAUAUUAUGCAGGUAUAAUUAAAUACACAACAAAAUGUCGCGAUCUAUGCAUAAAUUGCGAUAAUUAUAGGUAUAUCUUUAAAUACUCAUCGUUUAACAAAAAAAGAUCUCUCUCUAUAUAUAUUAAAUUAUAUUAAUAUGAUACGAUAUAGGUGUGUACAGUGAAUAUUAGAAAGUACGUAUGAUAUAUAUAUACAUGUAUGGAAUAUUAGACGUGUCCCUAAGGAUCUGAUAUCGAAUUUCAAUGUUGUACUCCUCAAAUUGGUUCGAAAUAAUUAAUGAAAAAUUGUGCAUUUUUUCCCUUCAUAUUUACCCGAGCCUAGAAAGCCUUACUUAUUCUCGAAAGAAAAGCAUUAAUUUUUCGAGGUUCUUGAUCGAAAGCGCGUACUGGGUUCAAAAAAAAAAAAAAAACCGUACAAAAUUUUCUGAGAAAGGAAAUGAAGGUAAAGUCCUUCUUAUGAGAGAAAGGAAAUUCUUAUUCUUAUAAAAAGGAAGAUGAAGUCGUCGUCAUUUUUAAUAUCUCCUCGUUAUUUCUUACGAUAAAUUCCCUUUUUGCUUAAGACCAAUCCAAUUGAGAUCCUUGAGUGCUCAGAAGUUUGGAUUCACUAGUCGAAAUUCCUUGCGGCACUAAAAUUUAGACAGUGUAGUCAAAAAUAGAGAUAGCCAAAUUUCCCAGUGGCAUCUCAAAGGGAACAAAUACACCUUCAUUUUACUUUUUUACAAAAUUUUGUACGGUUUUUCUUGAACCCAGUAGACAUUUUUGAAUAAAAACCUCGAAAAAUAAAUUUUUUUUUCUUGUGAGCAAAAUUAAAGCUUUCUAGGGUUGGGUGAACAUGGAAGGGGGAAUAAUAUGCAACAAUUUUUUUAAAUUAUUUUGAACCAAUUCGAGGGAUGCAACCAUCGGAAUUCGAUUUCACUCUUUUUUAGGACAGGCCUAAUAGAAUAUGCAUAUACUUUUCUUACAUUAAUGCAUCCAUCCAGAGAAAUACCUUUGCGCUAGAAUUUCAAGGAAUGUCCAUAACUAGCAUCAUUUACACGUAACGGCGCAUUCUACGAGGUAUAAAUCAAAAUCGAAGAUCGAGAUUUUGGAUUUGCUCUAUAAUGUUUGAUAUGAAAGUAUUGGUAAAAAAUAGAGCUCAAUUGAGAGAAUAAAAUUUCAAUAUUCCCUGUCUAAGAUAUUAUUUCCGGAGGACCCGUUUUCUAAAAUCUGAAAAAAUUCAGAAAAAUCUAUUAAAAUGCAACAAUGUUUGUUAGUAGAUUCGAAAAAUGGAGCUUUCAUUAUAUCAAAAUAUAUACUAUUUUGCGAAAUGAUAAAUGUCAGGAAAAGCGAUUCGUGGAAUAAAUUUAAAAAUCUAAAAUGAAGAACAUUUUUUUCAAAUAAUGUGGAUAAAACAAAGGUUUUGGGAAAUCAAAAAAGAAGGUAUACGUAUAUUGUGAUAUCAAAUAUUUGCCAAUCAUAAAGAUAUAUUAUCAAUAUUAAAAAUGAAGUACCUCUUACUUUAACGUAUUUUACUGGAGCUUUCAGAUUUUUUUACAGAUUACAGACAAUGGCCGCUUCGGAAAUAGCGGAUUAAAUCGUAUAUCAGAUAGGGGUUGUAUAACAUUAAAUGGCGUUCCGUUUUUCGACUUGUACAUUCAUGUAAAAAAUUGUACAGUAAGUAAAUCAGAUAUGUUAACUUCCGAUCUUGAUCGAUAUCUCGUGGAAUACCCCAUAUGUAAGAUAUUCUUUUCCAAUUUCAUCGAAGAAAAAGUUUCCCAACCGUCUGUUAGUUGACGAAAAAAAUCAAAUAGCGAAAUUAUUUGUCCGUUAUUUAUAUUUUUGUAUUUAUUCGAUAAGCGAUUGAAUUUCUGAAAAUCGAUAAUGUAUAAAAUUUCAAAGGAUUCACAUUCGGUGCAUCAAAAUUGUCCUUUUCUUUACUUUUCCACAUAUUCACUUUGAUUUUUAUCCCCCUCCCCAAUUUAGAUGAGGUGAAGGAAUUCCGCAAUCCGCAUUGAUUUAGACAUUAUUAUACAAUACGGUAAAUCUUUUCACAAAUACCUUAAUUACAUAGUGUAACAACAUAAACUUGUGUAUAAAGAAUUCGAAUACAAAAUUAUCGUGUAUCCGCAUCACAUGUGCACACACAUUAAACGUUGUAAGUAAAAUGAAAUUUCAGCUAUACGCUGUCGGUAUAAGCGCACGUUUGAAAUUGUUAAUUUUUUUUUUUUUUAAUUCUAUAUCCAUAAAAUUUUUUUAGAGCCUAUGAAAAAUGGUACAUGUAUAAAUAUCGUUUCCUAUUAUACAUAUUUACACAGACACGCGUAGAGUAAUGUACUUGUGUAAAGACGUAAAUUAAUUCUUGUCGAUCAAUUAAGAUAUACAAACGAUGACACUGGUGUCGCGAUAAGAAAAUCACACAACGAAUAUUGCGUAGUAGCUUGAAAGAAUGUAAAGGAAGCGAUCUGUCGAGAAAAAUACACAACAUUGUUAGCUUGAAGACUUAAAAAGAAAAUCAGCAGGCUUAAUCAGCAAUUACUUAGAAUUUACACAAAACCAAUUCAAAGUUGUAUGAAUGUUGGGUAAGAGGAACGAACGUUAUAUAGAUAUUCAAACGUAUAUUUGUAAUUAUAACGUAGGAAGCAUGAGCUAUAUACAUAAUAUAAAAAAGAGUAAUUAACGGAUAGCAAAAAGUAAAGAAAAUAAAAUAGAAGCAAACAAGCUUGAGUGAUUAAUGGUAUGGCUUUUUUAACACAACGCUUGACGGAAGUGAUGAAAUUGUUGGAGUUACUUUCUGAAUACGUGAAUAUUUAUAAAAAUGUCUUACCCAGGAUGAAAAUUUUCCGUUUCCUGAGUUUGAUUGAUUUUUUUUUUUUCCAAUUGCCCUUAUAACUUUUUUGCUCCUGCAAAUUUUUUCUCCACAAUCGAGCUAAAUAUCGAUUAAAGAUUUCACUAAAACUUGACAACUUUUCAAACAGUAAUAAGCGUAGUAAAGUUCCUCUGAAAUUGUUAUGCUUGAGAUAUAAAAAGUAGCGGCUAUAAUUCCUUUUCAUGCUUAUCAGAAGUCUUUUUUUCAUCCUGCCUUCGCAAAUUUCAAGCCAGAUAUUUCGUUAUUACUUCCGAGGUUACCGAAAAUACAAUUCGAAUUAUUUGCAGUAGACAUUUUGUCAAGGAAAAAUUUAUCGCCUUCGGAGAAUGGGUAAACUUUUUUUCUGAAAAGGUGCAUCAUACUUAGACUAGAGUAUUUUUCUAUUGGACAGAAUACAAGAAGCAAAUCUCAGUUCCAAAUGUCUUUUAUAUUAUUUUUAUUUCCAAACAUCUAUUACAUCAUUCUGGGUAGCAGCCAAACUACAAUUUGACUCUGCGUGUAAUCUUUAAACCCAAAUCUGUCGAAACAAUUUUAUACACGUUACCCCCAAACGCUCUAAAAUCACACGCUAAAUUAUGCGUUAGUUGAUUAGACAUCAUCCAUAAUUAAUGCUCUUCGGACCAAAAUGUUAUAUUUAACUAAUCCAACGAAAAAAGGAAAUUAGUAUGUUGUGUUACAAGUGCGGAAAGUGAGUGAUUUCCGAUGAGUGUGAAGUUUGCAACGUGAGUCGCAAUAGGCAAAUGCUGUGUUCACAUGAUUCAGAUAUUGCCCAUUCACACGUGUGACAUAUGUGAUUUUUUCCAACACCUUUGAAGGAAAGUUUCAUUUGAGGAGCAAUAAAGGUGCCACAGACAGUGUGUAAAAUUUGGGUUGGGUGAUUAAUUGAUAAUACAAUGCGUAAAGUCAAGUUAUUUGAAAGUGCGCUUGCGUUAAAGAAUGUCGUAGUGUUUAAAACCGAGCAUUUCAACUGUGCGCAUGCGCCAACAUGUUUUACCGCACUGUCUGAAAAUGGGGCACUUUACAAUCGAACUUUCCAAGCAGGUGUGGAAAAUAAUAUUUUUCUCCUUGCAUUAGUUGCACCAAUUAACUAGGCUGUGGUUCAAAUCAACCAAUUGUAUGCUUGUAUAUCUCGUAAGUUAAGCAUAGGAACAAAAGCUAUACUAACAUUAUUAUAUUGUUGUUAUGCCGUAUAUUAUACAUAUACUUAUAUUAUAUUGUACGUUAUGAAUUAUUAUUAUUAUGGCCAUUAUCAUUAUCAAUACUGUUGUUUGAUUAUAUAUAUAUAUAUAUACAUAUAUAUAUAUAUAUAUAUAUAUAUAUAUAUAUUCGUUUAUUACAUGUUACAACUAAUUAUUGUGUGGAAUUAUAUAUCUUGCGAAUGAAUUGAUGUUAUUAUGUGAAAUUGUUUUUAUGUAUACUGCAGCAAAUGAUUGACAGUAACGUAUUGUCAUACAAAUUAUACCAAUAAUAAUACGAAAGUUGAAUCAAAUCAGGUUUUUUUCUUUCUCUGUAUCGUUUGUAAAUUUUCAUCGUUGUUAUAUUCGUUGCUGGGCAGUCGAUUGUUACAUGACAUCUUAGGUAGAUUAUAUACACUGUUUACAUCAUUCUGUUUGUAUCGACCAUAGAUUUAUUUGAAAAGUAUUGUAAGGAAAAUAAGAUAAUUUUUAUUCUAUUAGUAUGUGAUUCGUUUUGUUUUGUCUUGAUUACGAUACAUUACAUAUUUAGUGUAAUCUAAUAUAUAAAUGAUGAUUAAUAUUGUGUUCUGCGCAAUAUGCUGCCAAUGAUAAUGGCAAGGACAAUUCCGUAUGUAUAGUAAUAAUUAUCUGAUAUGUUGAUACAUAAUAUGUACGUAUUAAGGCAAGAAUCAAGGGACGAUAAUUAAAGAAUUAAAAAGACAAGCUUAAAAGAGAGAAAUAAAAUAAUGAACGAAGAAAUAUGUAAGAAAAAGACAAAAUCACCAAAGCUUGUUUUGAUAAAUCGUCAUCUAGUAAUAUAGCUACGUUCAAUAGUCAACUUUUUUUUCUUCCAUUUUUUCUCAUAUCUUGCACGCAUCGCACGAAAACACAGCUCGAUUGUAAUUGCAAUUUGUCAAAUAAUUGAGUGUGUAACUAUACUAUUAUAAAGAUGUAUCGACGUCGUUGAGAAAUUGAAAAACAAGAACAAAAAAUAUUGUAGUUCUAAAGGAAGGAGAAAACCACAUACAUAACAGUAAUAAUAAUCUACAUUUAUCCAAUUUCCAAUACUAUUCUUGUUAUUUUUGUACUUUUUUCACUGCACUGGCGAAUAUGUGUCUAAUGUUUCUCUCAUACUCUACUCGCUCUGUCUGUUUAUCUCUCUUUCUCUCUUUCUAUUUCUUAUACGUUGACACCGAACUACAUACUUUCGGUCAAACAAUGAACUCGCAAACUCAGAAGUAAAAACGGAGAAAUCUUACGGACUUUGAUAGCUUCUUAGGGAAAACAAUAUUAGCUUUCCUAUUUCUUUGGGUGAACAUUCGAAAAGCAAGGACAUUGGAAUGCUUAACGACAAAAUACUAGAAUGAAAUAAAAGUUUCUUAUAUAAUGUGAAAUUAUGUAGUUCAUUGAAAUUCCAUACAUUUAUAAAUAUGUAUAUAAUAGUAUAUUGUGUUACAAGUGUGGAAAGUGGAUGAUUUUCAAUGAGUGUAAAAUUUGCAACGUGAGCCGCAAAGGCAAGCGCUGUAAUUACACAAAUGAGAUAUCGCCCAUCCGUACGUGUGGCAUACGUUGUUUUUUCCAAAAAUUGUGAAGGAAAUUUUGAUUCGAGAAGAAGCGAAGGUGCCGCUGAUAGCAUGUAGAAUUGAGGUUAGGUAACUCAAGCUGAUUGCCACAGUGUAUAAAAUUGAGUUAUUCGAAAGUGCUCAUGCAUCAACGAAAGCCCUAGUGUGUAAAAUACAACACUUUACUUGUGCGCAUGCGCCAACGUCGUUUUACCGUACUUUUCAGAAAUGGCGCACUUUACGCACACCCAUACACUUCGAAAAUCAAACUUUCCAAGCAGGUGUAGGAAAGAUAAAUUGGAGCAAAGAAAAAAUAAAAAAGAUAAACAAUAUGGAAAAAUACGAAAAGAAAAUAGAAAUAAUCAAUUGUCAAGACAAGCCUUAUA